AUGCCACGCAAAUCUCCACUAUCCGUCAACCCUUCUGGGACUGUCAGAAAGCGCUCAUUGACAGCAUCAAUAUGGAGAGGUCAGACCGAGCUGGCGUUUACUCUGGCAGGUAUAGCGGCCUCGUCUACCGCAGCGAAGAGGAGUCAUGCCGAUUCGAGCAGGGAGCGGCGUCCGCGAUUGAGCGGCGCUGUUUGUGUUUGUGUUGGUGUUGGUGUUGGUGCUGGUGCUGGUGCUGGUGCCGCUAGAGGGAAAAUCGCGGAUAAGAAGGAAGCAAAAAUCAAUGCGUUUACCGAUAUCAUCACCAAGACCAUUGCUACACUGGACGUCGAGUGCGAUCAAGACGCUGUGGGAGAAAUGCGCAAGCGGUUCAGGAUGGCUAUACGGGAACAGAGUCAGGAGCCUGCGGCUGGGAAAAUGCAGAUAGAGGAGAAAGGAGAUGAAGAGGAGACGGAAGUGGAAAGGAAGAGAAAGGCCAGCGCUCCGAGACCAGAGACUGGACUGGAAGCUCCGAUGGGAAAUGUGCGUUUUGAAAGUCCCAGGAAGCCGUGA